CUCUCUCUCCCUCUGCAACUUUUCACCUAAGCACGUUAAUGGCGAUGGAGGAACCGGAUUACUUCAUCGGAGAUUACUUCGGCGUCGGAGAAUGUUACUUUGGACACCAGAAACCCACCGACAUCAUCAACAACAACAAUCAGUUCAUAAUUGAUGACUUACUCGUCGAUUUUCCUAAUAAUGACGAUGUUGUGUUGAAUGAUGCUUUCUUUGAUAAUGUGAAUGGACGUUCAACUGAUUCUUCCACGGUUACUGCUGUUGAUAGCUGUAAUUCGUCUGUUUCCGGUGGAGAAGCUCCGUUUUCUGGUAAUAUUAGCUCCCGUAGGUUUUCUGAAUCGCAAUUCUCCGGUGUUGAGAUUUGUUUACCGUACGAUGAUUUGGCGGAACUGGAAUGGCUAUCGAAUUUCACUCAGGAGUCAUUCUCAACCGACGAUUUUCAAAAUCUACAAAUCAUUUCCGCCGCAAACAAAGCUCCGGCCACCGAUACGUCAUCCUCUAACACAACGCCGGAGUUCCGAUUGAAACCGGUAGUCGCUACCAGAAUAAACUCGGAGAUAUUCCAAACGGAUGUUUUUGUUCCAGGUAAAGCUCGUAGCAAACGAUCACGAAUGGCUCCAUGUGAUUGGAACUCACGAAUCCUCCAUCUCAAAUCAUCGUCGACCAAUACCGACAUCAAACCGAAGCCGACGUCGUUUAAGCGACGUGAGAUUCCAGAAACUUCGAUCGUGAGAUGCCUGCAUUGCGGUUCCGAUAAGACACCGCAGUGGCGGACGGGUCCGAUGGGCCCCAAGACGCUAUGCAACGCAUGUGGAGUCCGUUAUAAAUCGGGUCGGUUAGUACCCGAAUACCGACCCGCUGCCAGCCCGACAUAUGUGUCGGCAAAGCACUCGAACUCGCACCGGAAAGUAAUGGAGAUCCGACGUCAGAAGGAGCUCCGAAAUGCACACCAUGAGUUGGUCAAUCGAAGCUCCGUUUUACACGAAUCCAACAGUAGAGAUGAUUGCUUGAUUGAUAGUCAAAGUGGGCCCAUUUUUAUGGAAAUGAUAUAGUAUGAGAGGGAUCAUGGAAUUAGCGUGAAGCCGUUUUACUAAAAAACAAUCUAGCAUUAAAAUUAGCCUUCCAAGAAGGAUAAAAAAU